AUAUUAUAUCUCACCUUCACAACAUUCACAACCACUUUUCCUCUCACUCCAUAUAUAUACAUCCACCAUGGAAAGAUCCUUGAGAAGCUAACAUCAUAUAUAUAACAAAUAUGUAUCUAUAGCCUAUUGUUAUACAUCCACCAUGGAAAGAUCCUUGAGAACUAAGCUAACAUCAUAUAUAUAACAUAUAUGUAUCUAUAGACUAUAUUGUUGCUAUAUACAGGCAUACGAAGAGAGAGAGAGAGAGAGAGAUCAUAAUCCAUUAAUUUAGUAUGGGGUUACAAACCCAGCUGAACGACGUCUCAUCCGACUCCAUCCCACUCCUACUCAUCGCACUCAUCGCCGGUUCUAUCUACCGCCUCCGCUCCUCCCUCCUCACCCUCCUUCAUUUCCUGGGUCUCAGCCCCCAUCCCGGUCCAGGCACAGACUACGACGAAGGCGAUAUUGCGGGCCCGACCGUGGGCUCGGGACUCGCGGGUCUCGUUAACCUGUCCGACCAGCUCGCCAUCAACCGCCAGUUAUCCUAUCCAUACGACCGUGACGACGCCGUUGCCACCGCACGGGAUUGCGAUUGCGUGGUGUGCUUGUGCACCUUGAGGGAUGGGGAGCUGGUCCGCAUGCUCCAGUGCCGCCACGUGUUCCACAAGCACUGCUUCGACUCCUGGCUCAACAACCUCAACUUCAAUUGCCCUCUCUGCCGCUCUCCCGUCCUACACCGCGACAGCGGCGCGCUCACGCGCUGCCGACUCUCCCGCGACCUCCUCCACUGGCUUUCCAUCCGCUGAGAAUCAAUGGAGAUAACGUCAUAAAUAAGUUCACAUGGUGUCCACUUAUAUCCGCCCAUCCGCCGGUGGCUUCUUACUUUUUUCUUUCUCUGCUUGUUUUCAAUACUAUUCGUACUAUGUUUUUAUAUCACAUUUUUAUACCACCUUAAGCGGCAUCUGAACAUCAUUUGAAAAAUUUGUAAAACCCAAGAAAAUAAAGGAGAAAUACUUAUUGUAUACCACA